AUGCCCGAAACCGAAAAAGCCUCUUCAAUCCCGGAUUCUGAACAACCCUCGAUGCGCCUCGCAGAAAUCCUCUCCGAUCUCGUGUCCCUCCGCGUCUGCGACCCCGCUGCCGCUUUGGCACUUGUUUCUGCACGCCCUGGUGAUGUGCAACACUCUACAACCACGACUGCAAGCACGAACGGAGACGCGAAGGAAAAGAACGAUGACGACGAUGUAGACAUUAAGCGCGCAAAGGAGUUAGAAGAGCGCAUUGGGCGGGAAAAAAAGGUCCUAUGCGAGAGGGGAAAGCGGAGGAGAAGGAUUUUGGAGAUACGAAAGCACGUUAUGAUUAUGGCGGCUGUAUAUGGGCAGAUGUUUGGAGGCAUGACAUGCUGGCUGAACGAAGACAAGCUAGCAGCUGCAACUUAA